UCAUUUACUGUGUUGUUAAGAAGAAGAGUUAGUGCAACAACUGGUAGAAUACUUUCCUUUCUAUAUGGUUCCAAUUGCAUGCGUGGUCAUUUUGGCAAAAUAUUGUUACACGAAAUAUACAAACUAAGAUAAAUGUCGGAGAAAGUUGCAGAGACUGUUGUGGAGGCCGUAAAAGAUGCCGUGGAGAACGCAACCAGUGAAACCAUAACAAAUGAAAAGGUUCCAGCAACACCAGAAGGCAUUGUGGUAGCUUACGGCAGUUUGGUAGUAAUGGCCAUGCUCCCAAUUGUGUUCGGUUCAAUGCGUUCUGUCAAAUUGCACAAGCUUAAAAAGGUGACUGGCGAAAAGGCGGAAACCAUGACUAAAAGAGAUGCGAUGUUUUUCCCGGUGAUCGCCUCGGCCGCUCUCUUUGGUCUUUACAUGUUCUUUAAAAUUUUUUCUAAAGAUCAUAUAAAUCUUCUACUCACUGGAUAUUUCUUCUGCUUGGGUGUGAUAGCCUUAGCGCAUCUUCUAAGUCCCAUUGUAAAUUCACUUAUGCCUACAGCAGUACCGAAAAUACCUUUUCAUAUGCAUUUCACAAAAGGAGAGGGCAAGCACAAAGAAGACAUUAUAAACUACAAGUUUUCAACGCAUGAUAUCAUUUGCUUGGCUAUUUCGUCUUUAAUUGGCGUGUGGUAUUUAUACAAAAAACAUUGGAUUGCUAAUAACAUGUUCGGAUUAGCUUUUGCCGUGAACGGAGUAGAACUACUUCAUCUCAAUAACAUUGUAACUGGUUGUAUACUGUUAAGUGGCUUAUUCUUCUAUGAUAUUUUCUGGGUAUUUGGAACAAACGUGAUGGUUACAGUAGCAAGAAGUUUUGAGGCACCAAUCAAAUUAGUUUUCCCACAAGAUUUACCAACAAAUGGCUUAAGUGGAACCAAUUUUGCUAUGUUGGGCCUGGGUGACAUAGUAAUACCUGGAAUUUUUAUAGCAUUACUUCUACGCUUCGACCACAGCUCCAAGCGCAAGAGCCGCAUUUAUUUCUAUUCUACGCUAGUAGCAUAUUUUCUUGGACUCUUGGCCACUAUAUUCGUAAUGCACGUUUUUAAACACGCGCAGCCUGCAUUGCUUUACCUGGUUCCCGCCUGUAUGGGAACUCCAUUACUGGUAGCUUUAGUACGUGGCGAAUUAAAGACACUUUUUGCUUACGAAGAUCAUCCCGAGGAGAAACCUGAGAAAAAAGAGAGUAAAGAAGGAUCUGGCACUAUCAGUGGAACAAAUAAAAAAAAGGAAUCGAAAAAAGCCAAAUGAAUUUCUUAGGCUCUAAGAACGUAUGCAGAACUAAUAUAGAUCGUAUCUGGAAAUAUUUAUUUUUAUAAGUCUAUAUGACUUGGUCCAAGGUUAUUUCAGAUUUGUAUUUUAAAUCGGUCCAAGCCAAAGUUUGAGUAGAAAUGUAUUUGAAUACACUUCCAUUUAACUUAGCAAUUAGAAAAUCUUUUAAUUUAACUUAUUAGAAGCACAAAAUUAAAAAAAAUAGUGUAAAAAAAAACUGUUCUAAGGAAAGAAAGAACAAUAUAUUAAAGUUUA